GUAACGAAGAAACAGUGAUGGCGGACCAUGUGAUGCAUGAACUAGAGCAGGCCUCACAAGCUGUGUUGGCUGCUCCUAACAUAGUGACUCCAGAACAGAGGCAGGCUGCCGAGAGAGUCAUCUUGGAUUUCCGCAAGCGGAAACUGCCAUACAGCAUUUGUAGAUACAUUUUAGCCAACUCAAGAAUGACUCACGUGCUGUUCCAGUCAGCCACUACCAUUAAGGAAGUCGUCAGAGAAUGGGCGUUUAUAUCCCAAGAGGAUGUGGAGUCACUCCGAUCCUUUCUUCUUGGAUACAUUACAAAGAAUAUCAGCCUCCAGAGUUAUGUGAGAGAGCAGAUCCUUCAGACAGUGGCAGUCAUCCUCAAACGCGGCACUCUCGACACCAAGGGCACCGGCUGUGACAGCCUCUUUGCCGAUGUUACCCAGCUUAUAAGCAGUGGAAAUGUUACCAUGCAACUGGUGGCGUGCUCCAUGCUCACAGCUCUCCUCAACGAAUACUCCAGCUCCAGUCGGACCAGCAGUGUAGGCUUUACAUGGGAGUUCCACACACGGUGUAAGAGAGCUUUUGAGGAGAAGGACCUGAAGAAGGUGUUUAUGUUUUCAAUGCAAGUGUUGAACGAGCUUAAUGCACAGCCGAUCCCCCUGACCCGUGAAGCCACUGCCGUCCUUAACCGCGUUCUCUCAAUCACAGAGCAGGUCCUCAGCUGGGAAUUCACACCUAAAUUUAUCAGAAAACAUGUGGGGUGUUUUUCUAUCAACCAAAACAUCACCCUCAAGCCGAACACGUCAUGGAGGGACACACUACUAGACCCCACAGUCCUAGGGCUCUUCUUCAAGAUCUAUGACAAGGUUCGGCACAAUUCGGAAAUGGCCCACCAUGCCUCCCAGUGUCUCGGUCAGCUGGCAUCGCUCAAUGGACAAAUCUUCUCCGAUGACAAGGCCAAGAUUCAGUACCUGGCACACUACAUCGAUGGCUUCCUUCAGCUCCUCACAGGACUGGGUCUUCAAGAUUUCGAGCAUCUUGGGAUUUCCAACUGCUUCAAGAAUCUGGCCAUGAUGUUCCCACUGUCGUGCUUCAUGGAACUGCCGAUGCUGCACUUCCGGGCUUUCGUCGAUCACAUGACCAGACUGACGUGUUCAAUGGGGAAGGAGGCAGCCAAGGAGGAGGCGAUGAACCGGGAUGACACAAUCCACAUGGAGGCAUAUGAGAAGAUGCUGGACACCUGGAUGCAGUUCGCCACCAACAUCAAGUCCUUCCCAGAUGGUGCACUCAAGCCACAUGCCACAGAAAUCUUCAACUCCUAUGUCCAGUGUCACAUCAGUUCCCCUGAGGGGAUCCGCACACAGCUGAUGAAUGGAGGAGCCUCAGCUCAUGAUGAGGAAAUCGAUGAUACAGAGGAGGAUGACCGUGACAAGUUCUCAGACCAACUCUGUUGUAUUGGAGCCUUAGCCCGGGUUGUACCUGAACACACCAUCCCCCUGCUUGCAAAGGUGUUGGAAGACCGUAUAGGUCGGUUACAUGGCCAGUUACAACGGUUACAGCAACAGAGGCUGAACUCUGGCAACCACAACGCUUCUCUUGACAUGUCUGUACUCAACUGUCUGCAUGAAGACAUCCACUGGCUCAUCCUCAUAUCAGCACAUGUCCUGACUGAAGAGUCUGAAGGCGAGACCCCCAUGAUUCCGUCCGAUGUCAUGAACUACUCAAUCAGCCAGUCACAGAAUGUCAACGUCCAGACCACAUUGCAGGUCCUGGCGUCACCCGGGGAGACCCUCAGCAGCAUUCCAGGAAGUGACCAGAGCACGGACUGGGUGGUCAGGCUUAUUUCUGGGUUGUUUCGACUGUGUGAGGUGGAAACUCGAGCGACUGACGUCAAGCUAGGUGACUGUCUGAGCCCCGAGGUUGGUCGUUCAACGAUGUGGUUCCUGCGGCGAUGGAUACGCUCCUACCUCCUCCCCGACGAGAACUACUACGCCCAGAUGAGCAUGGCACUGUCGGCUGCGUUUGGUCGUGACACUGACGGAGCACAGUGGACUAUUUCCUUCCUGCUGCAGAAGACCAUCAACAACCUCAACAUCUGGAGUAGUGAAGAGUCCCUGCUCAAAGAUACGAUGGAGAUGUUGUCAGCACUGGUGGAGACAAAGGCCAGGGCUUCCUAUGUGAUCAAGGUAGAGAACCUGUGGCAGCUGGCCCGGAUGGAGGCCAACAAUGAUGCUGUUGUGGAGGGCAUGCCGUCCUCAGUCCGUCGUCUCAUGAUGAAGGCUCUCGUACUGGCAGGGGUCGGAUUCCGGGAAGACUCCAACAAGGAGGAGUACUGGAAACUGGUUCUGCAGUCCGUCCACGACCGCUUCUAUGCCCUGGUGUGUCAGGAGAACUUUGCUGACAAGAAGGUUGUGUGUAAGAAUGCUGUGAUGGGCGUCCUGGAUGUGCUGCUGGGGAUAGCACAGGGAUCGAGGCUCAUCAACCUGGACCGCAUCUUCCUCUUCCUCUCUCCCCUCCUGGCAGAGAGUGUCAAGCUGCUCGAUCUGUACCACAGUUAUGAGGAAGUUGUUCCAAUGAUCCUAGAGCUGUUCUCCGAGAUCGUCAACAAGCAGUUGUGCUACCUGAGUGAGAUGAAGGCACGGAAGCUGUACGAGCUCAGUCUAUCGGCAAUACAGACCUACUCCAAGCACAACACAGGAAAGCGGCUGAUAGAUGUGAGUGAGGAGGAAGAGAACAAAUACCAGGACAUACUGCUGGUGAUGGAGCUGCUCACCAACCUGCUGUCUAAAGACUUCAUCGACUUCGGAGAGCCAGAUGAAAACGAGCCCAGUGAUGGUGUGAAGAUGGAGGGCGCCGAUGUCGUCAUGUACGGUCUCAGCAUCGUCAUACCACUCAUGAAUGCUGAAAUACUCAAGUUCCCGACACUGUGCAGCCAGUACUUUAAGUUGGUCGCAUUCCUGGGGGAGAUCCAUUCAGACAAGUUCCCCAAACUGCCGCCAGAGCUCUUCAAGUCUCUUAUGGCCUCCAUCGAGCUCGGAUUAUCAGCCUUUUCACCUGACACCACUAAGCUGUGUCUGGAGGUGAUUUCAGAACUGGCAUCUCAUGCCUUCCAAACCAACCUGAACGUGGCCCAUGUCCAUGCUGCUCUGGCCCACUUCCUGGAGCUGGUGUUCCACAUGCUGCUCCUGGAGAGUUUCGACAUGGAUCUACUAGAGACGGCCAGCACAACACUCUUCUGUCUCAUCUGCUGCCAUCAGGAGCAGUACCGUGACCUGGUGAACCGACUGCUGCAGAACCAGCAGGAGGAGGAGUACAAGCAGCGCCUCCUGGAGGCCUUCAACAACCUGACCCCGCCCUCCUUGAACAUGACCAUCUCCCGACACACCAAGAUAGCAUUCAUGCACAACUUUGACCAAUUCCUUAUUAAUGUCAGAGGAUUCCUGUGUGUCAAGUGAAUGUCCACCUACACCACCAGCCCCUUUAUCAAAAGAAGCAUGUCUUCUGGUCACAACAGGAGCUCUUCAAUCCAGUGUCGGCUUUGCGUUUACACGCACAAUUCAAUUAAUGCUGUUCUAUGCAAAGUUUGAUGCACCAGUACAAGACGAUGCCGACGAGCACGAGAGUCUGCACUUGCUGUGCUGCAAGCUAGGUAGCUGUACAGACUGCACCCAGAUGUUUGUGUGAGGUAGGGACAGUAUGCAUGUGUGCAGAGUGCGGCAAGAAUGCACUUCGAUGGAAUGAAGCACUGUGUGUUUGUGUGGGCCAGUGCAGCAAGAGUGCGCUCCACAUACCCUUAGACUGCUUGUGUUUGCUCAAUCAAAUGGUUCUUGGUGCUGACACAUGCAAGUUCAAUGUGUUAAAAGUAUUUUUCUAAAGUAACAGAAGAAGUAUUUUGGUAGGAAACUACAAUGCCUCGAACAACUGUGAAAACUGAUGCUCUCCAAAAGUGCUUGUUGUGAUGACUGGACAGUUCUGGACAAGUUAGAUUACCUUUGAGGGAGUCAAGGGUUCAUCAAACAAUGCAAUUUAUAAUUUGUAAACCAGCCAUUGGAGGCCAAGAUGUUGGAUGUCUCAGACUUAGGAAUCUGCUAGAACAAGACUAGAUCAAGGACAAAUCUGUUCCUUGGAGGGAUACACUGAGUGUGUAGAAGUUGUGGCGUCUGCUCUCAGACAAUUGUAAGAAAUGGUGUCUGCUGUCAGUUUGAAGAUAUGGCGUCUGCUGUCAGUUUGAAUAUAUGCCGUCUGCUGUCAGUUUGAAUAUAUGGUGUCUGACAGGUAGACAACUGCCAGUUGGACUGCAAGCGAAUGAUCUGAGAAUCAACUGUCUAUCAUUGACCAAGCUUUAUUUAACAACGAAGGUGGCCAAAGCAUUGAUUCCACUGAGCCAUUUUGUGGUCGAUUCAACGAUUCAGUCGGUCAAAUUCAGGAUUAAGAAAGUGAUAGUUGAUUCCGCAGUUUUGAAGUAUUAAUUGAUUCCAUACAACGACUAUGUGUUGAUUGUUCCAGUGGCUACACUGUAAUGGACGAUUCCACAAUUACAUGGUGAUGGGUAAUUCCAGAAGUUCCUUACAACGUACAGGUUGAUUCCACUAUUUCAACGUUAAUUCUGCUGUAGGUUGAUUCUACAGUGUGAUGGACAACCGUUCUCCCAAACGAUGGAAUUGUUGAUCAUUCAGUAGAAGAACUGAUGAAGAGUGAAAGCGAGUCAUCCUUCUCCAGCACUGCCCGAACAUGGUUGCCGACGAGUGUCGGCCAUGAUGCCUACUGUGUGUCUUUCAAGUGUGUCCGGUUUAUGAGAUUAAGUGUGUUCAGAACGUAUGACAACAGGGUAGAUAGACUGAGUUGCACGAAUGUUUAACACUUACAGGUGUUUAAUUACUUAAAACGGGGAUCUGCUCACAUUGACACUUUUGUGUAAUGGAAGUAUACUACUCACAUUUGCAAAGGACCAAAAUAGUCAUCUUCAUAGAUGAUCCUUAGAUAAUGUUGAGUAGUAUAUGUUCAGAAAGUACCUAUAUUUUCUUUAUUUAUGAAGGUCGAACAACUUAUCAAUUAGUUUUUGUAUGUGUUUGUCAUGUGACAUUAGUUUCAUUCCAUGUGUUGAUGAGUAGAUGAACAAUGAUUUGAGAGUGAUCCCAUGUGCCUUACCAGGAAGCCCUACAGCCCACCUUGGAGCAGAACAUGUCAGUUGUGUGUGUGAGAGUCAUCGUCGUCUGUGUCCAAGCAUUAGAGAUCACAUAUGUAUGAGUCAUUGUUUUCUGUCAAACUUUCAUUGCAUCAAGGUUGGUAAUGCAAACAAAUCAUGUUCCAAUAAAUCAAAGAAUUAAUUUCCAUCAGUCUAAGUAAGCUUAGGCUCAGUAUUAUUCGUUACACUACUUUACUGAAUCUAACAAAACCUAGUAAAAGGUCGCGUCAGCCAACCUUUGA